AUGAUUGCAGAAUGUCGUCUAUAUUACAUUGAUGAUACAGCAGAAGUACAAAAAAUUGAUGCUGUUGAAAAUAAUUAUAAAGCUAAUGAUGCCGUUUGGCAUUACACUACAGAUUCUUUUUUAUUUCGAUUGGUUGGUCGAGCAUUUCGAUCAGAAGAUUUUGAGCGUAUCUUUAUAUUUCGUCGUUACAUUAUUGAUCUUCAUUCGGAACUUGAUAAACUAAUUAAAGAACAAGAGAGUCUACAGAAAAUACUUCGAUUGUAUCGCGGUAAAAAACUGUGUCAAACUAUUUUACAACAAUUGCAAGAUAAUAUUGGAGCUUUAAUAUCCAUGAAUGGAUUUCUAUCGACUACACUUUGUCGAGAAACUGCUCUAGAGGUAUUUGCAGGUGUUGGACAGAAUCGGGAUGAUUGUGAGAGUGUACUAUUUGAAUUUUGUAUUGACGAGACAAUCAGCCGAACACAUGCUGAUAUUUCUGUAAUUAGCCAAUAUCCAGAAGAAGAAGAAGUGUUAUUCACCAUUGGAUCUAUAUGGAGAAUUAACUCUGUGCAAAAGAACAACGAUUUAUACUGGAUCGUUACACUAUCGUCAUGCAGUGAUGUUAAUUUAAGAAUAAUUCAAUAUUUUGAACAAUUUGCGGAUGAUUCAACUUUUCUUAUGUUGGGUGAUGUUUUGCGUGAGUUGGGACAACACGUCAAAGCAGAAAAGUUUUAUUAUAAAAUGUUAGAUGAAUCAACAAUAAAAGAUGAAACACGAGUCACUCUAUAUUAUAAUAUUGCAAUGAUCAAUUUUGAACAAGGCAGAGAUUCUAUGGCAUUAAUGUAUUUUCAGAAAGCAGAAAAUCUGAUCUCUGCAAGAGUGUUCGAUACAGAACCAUUGAUUCCUCAAUCUUUGUAUUCUUCGAGUACUGUUCCACCACGAAUUCAUAUUUUAAACAAUAUGGCUUGUUUAUAUCAAAAGAAUGGUGAUCCAGAAAGUGCUUUGCUAUAUUUUGCUAAAGCGCUCAAUGAUGAAAGAAGCGAUCGAAUAAAUAAAGCAACAGUCUGUGAUAAUAUUGGAUUACUUUAUUAUAGCAAAGGAGAUUAUGAAACGGCUCUCCAACAUCUUUCACAAGCACUUGAACUGGCUCAAGAUCAUUCAUCUUUGGCUAAAUUUAAACAACAUUAUGAUGCUGUCAAAAGACAUUUACUUUCUAAAAACAUUUCUGAUGGAAAAAAAUAA